GGCUUUAAGAAGCUAUUGUAGAAACUGCUUAACAUAAGGAGCUUUGUGACCGCACCUUUAGCACUUUAGUGCCUCUACAGUAAGAUACGUGAACAUCACUGAAAAUAUAGGUUCUAGUGUCAAGUUUUAAUUAAAACAUUUAAAUAAAAUGCAUGGACGGAUAAAGGUUUUUACGUCUGCAGAACAAGAAGAAAUAAAGAAAAAGGAACAGGCAAAAAAAGUUGUAGAGUACAGAACUGCAAUUAACUUUAUUUUUCAUAAGAGAAAAGAAAAAGUCUGGAAUGAUGAAUUGUUGGUAGCAACUGAAAAAGUACUUGUUCGUAAUUCAGAUAUUUACACUCUUUGGAAUAUUCGAAGAGAAGUACUUCUAAACAAUAAUUGGUCUAAAAUAAAAAAUGAAGAACAAUUAGAUAAAGAGUUAAUGUUGACUGAAAACUGUUUACGGGAAAAUCCCAAGUCUUAUAGUGUUUGGCACCAUCGAUGUUGGGUUAUUGAUCAUAUAUCAGAACCAAAUUAUAGGAAAGAAUUACUUUUAUGUACCAAGUGCUUAAACAUUGACGAGAGAAAUUUUCACUGUUGGGAUUAUAGAAACUUUAUUGUACAAAAAGCAGGAGUAGCUGACAAUGAAGAAUUUGAAUUUUCCAUGACGAAAAUAUUAAAUAAUUUUUCUAAUUAUUCUUCAUGGCAUUAUAGAAGUAAAAUUUUAUCAAAAAUGUUUCCCGAUGAUACUUAUAAGUUACCAAUCGAAGUUAACAAGCACAAAGAAGAAUUGGAUUUAGUAAUGCAAGCAACUUUCACUGAUCCAAACGAUACCAGUGCUUGGUUUUACCAAAGAUGGUUACUUGAAUGUUGCAAAUUUUUAACAAGUAAAGUUUGGAAAGCCAAACUGACUAAGACUGAAGCGUUGGUUGUCUUCCAUGACAACGUAUCAAUCAAAUCAUCGAAUAUUAGUUUAUGCAUAGAUGGGCAUGUUUUAGAUUGUCAAUGGAAAUCUGUAAAUAAUGACAAGUUUUCAAAACUAUGGAGUACCACAUUUGAUUAUCCAUUAAAUAUUUCUGAUAAUAGUAUAAUUCUUUUAAAGUAUGGAAAUGAUAAUUAUCCCUUUUUUCUUUCAAAUUCUUCAUGGAUUUGUGAAACUGAAAUGCCUCAAAAAGAAAAAUCCAAUGAAAUACAACUACGAGAACAAUUACUAAACUAUAAACAGUUAUCUAAAAUGGAACCACAGAAUAAAUGGGCAUUAUUAACUGGAAUAUUUCUUAUGAAAAAUAUUAACGUAGUUGAAUUUCGUUCAAGUAUUCUUUGUGAUAUAGACUUGUUACUGAAAGUGGAUAAAAUGCGAUGCGACUAUUAUAAAGAUUUAAGAAGUAAGUGUUUAGUAAACUACUAUUUAUAUAAUGUUUCGCAAGAUAAAAAUGAAAAUCGUUGCACUUAUCAAGCAAAUAUUUCUGGUCUGGAAUUAACAACCUUAUAUAAAGAGAAUUACUUUUCUUUUCUUCAAGAAAUCAAUUUAGAUUCUAAUAAUUUGGGAAACUUUUUAGAACGUCUGUCUUCAUUAGUAGAAUGUAAAAAAUUAUCUUUAUCAAACAAUGGUGUAAGUUCUACAGAGAAUUUUCCUAUUUUACCUAAACUUGAAAUAUUAACACUCAGAAGUAACGAUAUAUCUAACAUAGAAGAUGUUUUAAAUUUAUUAAGGCGAAACAAUUUAUCAGAACUGGAUAUUCGAGAGAAUCCCAUGUCUAAAUCAGACGUUACACAAAUUGAAAAUAUGAUUUUGUCAGCGAAUGUAAUAAUAAAAUAAUUUCUCACUUUA